AUGCCCCUCCACGGCCGCGCCCUCCUCGGCUUCCCCCCCGGCGCAAACGCCUCCGACACCGUCCUCGGCGGCGUCCACUUCAACCGCACCGCCCUCGACUUCUUCAACUACACCCUCUACACCAACGGUACCGUCUCCAACGGCUCCAACUGCUACGUCACCGAGCCGCCGUACACCCCCGUCUACCUCUUCCCCAACGGCACCUUCGUCAACUCCACCUGGUGCUACGACCCCAUCAACCCCAUCGGCACCCGCGCCGGCGUCGGUGUCGGCGUCGGCGUCGUCUACGCCUUGGCCCUCAUGCUCGUCCUCGCCAACCUCAAGAAGCACGGCGAGUCCCACCUGCCCGCCACCCGCCGCUUCUACCCCGUCGGCCGCCGCUGGCAGUGGUACUACGCCAUCCUCGUCUGCGUCGCCGCCUUCAUCAGUCUCUUUACAAACAUCGACGUCGACCGCUUCUACGUCAUCGGCCUGCCCAUCGUCAUCAACAGCUUCUUCUGGUUCCUGCUGCAGCAGUUCACCAUGGCCCUCGUCUGGGAGGCCGUCCGCCACUGGGGCAGCUGGAGCGAGCGCCAGGCCAUCGACCCGGACCCCUUUUCCCUGCGCGAUGGCGACCGCCGGAGCAAGGUCGAGUUCUGGAUGCCCUUGUGGUUUUAUUUCUGGUUAUGGCUGAACGUCUUCCUCAUCAUCCCCCGCAACUGGGGCGAGAUCGAGAAACAGCGCUCCCCCGACCAGACCGCCGCCCGCGCCGCCCCCAACGCCACCGACGGCCGCUUCAAGGCCGCCACCUUCUGCCUCGUCAUCUGCUGGCUCACCAUCUGCUUCUCCCUCCGCCACUCCAUCAACCACUACUACCCGCGCGACCGCGGCCUCGUCAACAAGGCCCGCGGCUGCCUCCGCUACACCCCCUGGCGCUUCCUCCUCAUCCUGCCCCUGGCCGCCUGCCUCGUUGCCUACCAGGGGCUCGUCUCCUGGAAUUUCGCCUACUCCGUCCUCAAUGCCAAGGCGAACCUCGCCGCCGUCUACGUCGGCGGCUACGGCCCCGCCCUGCUGAUCCUCUACAUCCAGAUCGCCUACGGCUUCCUCUCCCCCAACGAGGACCGCGAGCUCAUCCGCCAGCGCCGCGAGCGCGGCACCCAGAUCGACCGCGAGAUGGGCUACGUGCCCAAGCCUGCCUGGUGGCGCCGCGCCAAGAACGACGACCACCUCGUCGGUCGCAUGUCCAUGCGCGAGCGCAUCGCCAUGAAUGUCCGCGAGCUCGGCGGCGGCGCAGUCACGGCCCGCGGCGUCCAGCGGAACAUGGAGGCCAGGGCCGAAGAGCGCGAGCGCGCCGACCGCGAGAUCGAAAUGGCCAGCAUGGGCCGUGGCGGAGCCGGCGGAGGCAGUGCCGCGGCCGGCUCGAUGAUGACGACGACCACCACCACCACGUCCGCCCCUUUGAGGCCGGACUUUGACGCCGCAAACGGGGCGACAUUCAUUCCGUAUACCGGCAAGUCCGAACGCCGCCGGAACGAGCGGGCCUUGAAUGCCGCCGCCGAGCUGCUCUUCCCCGUCGCCGGCGGCGCGAGUCGGCCGGACCGCUCCUCCGAGCUCAUGCAGGACGGUCCGCCGCCCUCUUACUCAGACGUCCCCGGGGCCGGACGCGGCAGACGGCCCGACAGCCUCACGAGGCCGCCCGACCCCAGUCAACAUAGCAACAGCAGCAGCACGGCCGUCUCGGUGACCGGCCACCAGCCCCAGCAGAUCAAGAGCAUGCUGGAUAUCUGA